AUGGCUCCCGCAGCCGGGCGCGCAGGCCUCAGCGCCCGCGCGUCCCCGCCGUCCCGCGCGCGCCCCCGAGCGGCACCCCCCGCGCGCGCCCCCGCCCGCCAGCCACCGGCCCGCCCAGGGGGCGCUGCACCCGCGCCCGCCACCCAGCCUGCUGCACCUGGCUGUCGCCGGGCUGCAAAUUACAGACCCAGCUCGCCCCCGCGCACGCGCGCAUCUCGGGGCCUGCACCUGCCCGCUCCAUCCCGCAGGCCUAACGGGACCGCGCCUCAGGCCUCCGCUCCCGACACCGAGAGCCCAUGGGCACCUGCGGAGGCGCCUAAGUCGCCUCUGAAUCCAGAGCCCUUCUUCCGACCUUCCUGGUCUGCGGAGUCCAGGGUCAGCCCUGAUUUCACAGCCGCAACCCGAGCGGCCAAGCUGGGUUAA